ACGUCAUUUUCCUUUCUAGAAUUAUCUCGUGUUUGUCAAUACUCAAUUUCCGAAUUAGUCGAUAAAAUGUAAUUGAGCAGUGCGUAUCUUAAAAUUUCCCGUUCGUCUAAUUUAUUUAAAUGCGAAUACCCCUUAAGUUCAAGAUGUAUCUUGUUAGCGGCAUCGUAUUUUUGCUGUUGGUAAGCCACAUCACCACUGAAGAUGAAGUUUUAAGCAGCCCCUUAACUCCUACGAGUACUAACCACUCGAAUAGUUCAACGAUAAAACAGGAAGAUGCUUCAACCACUCCAAAUUCAAUUGGUAAUAUAACUCAAAAUGUUAAUAAUGUGAGCACGAGUACAGUUUUAAAUGAUGUCUUAGUAUCUAGUAGUACUGCGAUGACUACUAUAAGUGAAAAGAACGUUUCAAGUGAAGUUGGAAGUACAACGAAUAAUUAUUUGAAUGUUAGUUCAACGACGGCUUCGGCGGAUCCGGUAUUACCUGAUAAAGGAUCAGCGGAAGAUGAACACAACAGCUCAAUGGCAAUAUUUUUCGUGUUAUGUGUAUUAGCACUGGGAAUAUUAUUGAUACAUUUAAUGCUCCAAACCGGAUUCCAAUACGUCCCCGAAAGCAUUGUAAUUGUAUUUUUGGGGGCAUUAAUCGGAUUGACGAUGAACGCUUUAUCAAAUCGCAACAUAAGUAAUUGGAGAAAAGAAGAAGCAUUUUCACCAACAGCCUUUUUCUUGAUUUUACUCCCCCCGAUCAUCUUCGAAUCCGGCUAUAAUUUACAUAAAGGAAAUUUUUUCCAAAAUAUCGGCUCAAUUUUGGUUUUUGCAAUCCUCGGAACGACAAUUUCCGCCUUUGUAAUCGGAUUUGGGAUUUAUUUUCUCGGUUUAGCCGACGUUGUUUAUAAAUUAAGUUUUGUUGAGUCGUUCGCUUUCGGUUCAUUAAUUUCUGCGGUCGAUCCGGUCGCAACCGUUGCUAUAUUUCACGCAUUAAACGUCGACCCAAUUUUAAACAUGCUCGUUUUCGGUGAAAGUAUUUUAAAUGACGCAAUCGCAAUCGUUUUAACAACGGCCGCUUUAGAAUCGAAUAAUCCGUUUAUAUCGACGGGGGAAGCUAUAGUUUUGGGGAUAAAUCGUUUUUGUUUGAUGUUUUUUGCAUCGGCGGGAAUCGGGGUUGUUUUCGCAUUAAUUAGUGCCCUUCUUUUAAAACAUGUUGAUUUACGUAAAAAUCCCUCCUUGGAAUUUGGAAUGAUGCUAGUAUUCACUUAUGCCCCUUAUGUUUUAGCUGAGGGUAUUCAUUUAUCAGGGAUUAUGGCGAUUUUAUUUUGCGGAAUCGUAAUGUCUCAUUACACCCAUUUUAAUUUAUCAACUGUAACCCAAAUAACGAUGCAACAAACUCUUCGUACUUUAUCUUUUAUCGCGGAAACUUGCGUUUUUGCCUAUUUAGGCUUAGCUUUGUUUAGCUUCAAACACCGCGUUGAACCGGCUUUGAUUGUUUGGAGCGUAAUACUUUGUUUAAUUGGAAGAGCUUGUAACAUAUUCCCAUUGGCUAUUUUAGUCAAUCGAUUCCGUGAGCAUCAAAUCACCAAAAAAAUGAUGUUUAUAAUGUGGUUUAGUGGGCUACGAGGAGCGAUCUCUUACGCUCUCUCGCUACAUUUAAAUUUUAGCGAUGAAACUCGCCACGUUAUAAUUACAACGACUUUAAUUAUCGUUUUAAUAACAACUUUGGUGUUUGGCGGGUCUACGAUGCCGCUUUUACGAUUUAUGCAAGCGACCAAAAAUCCAACAACGCGUCGAUUAAGAAGGAAGAAGAAGGAUCGGGAGGUUACUUUGAGUAAAACGCGAGAAUGGGGACAAGCAAUCGACUCUGAACAUUUAUCCGAAACUACUGAAGGCGAAAUGGAGGUGUCUUUUGCAUCGGCGAGAAUUAAGGGAUUCGUUAAAUAUGAUUUGAAGUAUUUUAUUCCGUUUUUUACGAGGAGGUUUACACAACAGGAACUGAAAGACUGUAAGAGCCAAAUGACCGAUUUAACGAACCAAUGGUACCAAGCAAUUCGUAUAUCACCCUUGGAAUCCGAUGAGGAAGCUAUUAAUACUCCAAGAUCGAGUAUAUCUAGUAUAGUUCGCUGACCAAUGGAGAGAGGAGGAGCUGGAGAAUUGGAUGAAUUGUCGAAUUUGAUACGGAGGGCCUAGUAUCGGCCUUCAAUUCUGACAACACUUGAUGAAUCCGACAUUUACUUAUCGUUCUAUUAAGAAAUUAUAAGGCACGGUAACUAACCACUUUUUUAGGGAGUUACGUAAAUUGUUAUAUAAACGUCUAUUAACAACUAUUUAAAAAAUAUAUUUAAAAAGAAAUUAUACAAAAUUUAUAUGUAUUAAAUCAAAGAUGUUGUACUAUUCCUAUAUUAUUUAGAUAAAAAAUAGAUAAUGUACUUAUAAUAAUGGAAGUAAUUAAUGUUGUUAAACUUAAUUUAUUUUUAUUUAUUUUUAAUUUUUAAAAAUGUGAUUGCGAUGGUAAAUUUAGCGUGCCAAGUUGCUUUCUCGAACUAUUAGCUGACUUAAGAAUGAAAUGUUAUUUUUUUACCGUACUAAUUAGUGUAGAUGUAAUCAAUUUUUAAUUCAUCCAACAAUUUAAGCACAAUUUGAUUUUUUUAAUCGGGUAAUUUUGUGAUAAUUGUACAUUUUAAAGGUUUGUUCUAAUUGUUUUGUGAUAUGCAACUAAGUCAGUAUUUAUGGUCUUACUUAAACUUGUAAGGAAUAAAUAAAAGCACAUACAAAGCA